GGGCGGCGCCGCCGCCCCCCUCCGCAGUGUCUGGGCGCCGCCGGGUCGGGCAGGGGCGAGCGCGUUAAAGGGCCAGCGGCUGCGCGGCACUGUGUGGGACCCCGGCGACAUGCGCCCCCUCGGCCUCCCCCUCCUGCUCAGCGCCCUCCUCGGGCUGGUGGCGGCGGGGCCCACCCAGUACUUCCGGGAGGAGUUCGGGGAUGGAGACGCCUGGAGCAGCCGGUGGGUCGAGUCCAAGCACAAGCCCGACUACGGCAAGUUCGUGCUCACGGCCGGCAAGUUCUACGGCGACGCCGACAAAGAUAAAGGCAUCCAGACGAGCCAGGACGCCCGCUUCUACGCGCUGUCGGCGCGCUUCGAGCCCUUCAGCAACCGCGGGCGCACGCUGGUGCUGCAGUUCAGCGUCAAGCACGAGCAGAACAUCGACUGCGGCGGCGGCUACGUGAAGCUCUUCCCCGCCGCCCUCGACCAGCACGACAUGCACGGCGACUCCGAGUACAACAUCAUGUUCGGCCCCGACAUCUGCGGCCCCGGCACCAAGAAGGUGCACGUCAUCCUCAACUACAAGGGCAAGAACGUGCUCAUCAACAAGGACAUCCGCUGCAAGGACGACGAGUUCACCCACCUGUACACGCUGGUGCUGCGGCCCGACAACACGUACGAGGUGAAGAUCGACAACGGGCGGGUGGAGGGCGGCAGCCUGGAGGACGACUGGGACCUGCUGCCCCCCAAGAAGAUCAAGGACCCCCAGGCCAAGAAGCCCGACGACUGGGACGAGCGGGCCAAGAUCGACGACCCCGAGGACACCAAGCCCGAGGACUGGGACAAGCCCGAGCACAUCCCGGACCCCGACGCCAAGAAGCCGGAGGACUGGGACGAGGAGAUGGACGGCGAGUGGGAGCCGCCGGUGAUCCAGAACCCCGAGUACAAGGGCGAGUGGCGGCCGCAGCAGAUCGACAACCCGGCCUACAAGGGCAAGUGGGUGCACCCCGAGAUCGACAACCCCGAGUACACGCCGGACCCCGCGCUGCACGCCUACGACAGCUUCGGCGUCCUCGGCCUCGACCUCUGGCAGGUGAAGUCGGGCACCAUCUUUGACAACUUCCUCAUCACCGACGACGAGAAGUUCGCGGAGGAGUUCGGCAACGAGACCUGGGGGGCCACCAAGGAGGCGGAGAGGAAGAUGAAGGAGCAGCAGGACGAGGAGCAGCGGAAGAAGCAGGAGGAGGAGGAGAAGCAGCGCAAGGAGGAGGAGGGCGACGAGGAGGCCGAGGGCGACGAGGAAGAGGACGAGGAGGAGGACGAAGAGCGGGAGGAGGAGGAGGAGGCGGCGGCGGGGGGGGGCCCCAAGGACGAGCUGUGAGGCCGGGCCCCCCCGGCCCCCCCGCCCUAAUGUCUCUAUGAGACCUGGACUCUUUUUUAUGGGUGUCGCUGUUGUGUCCCCCCCUUCCCCCCCCCCCCCGAAAAUGUCCCCGGUACCGGCGGCUCCACCGCUGCCCCCCCCCCUUCUCCCCCCUCCCUGCCGGUUCCCCGCGGGGGGAGGAAGGAGGGAGGGGGGCAGCGAGGGGCCGCGGUUGACUCAGGAACGGCCGCUCGGGCGGUGCCGCCGGUGCCGGGGGGGCGCGGGGGGGCUCCUCACCGGGCGGCGGGGCGCUCGCGGUCACACUUGAAUGUAACGGCAGACGCGGACCGGUUUCUACUAAAUUAAAGCUCGUCUCGGCCCCGGAA